UUUCUCAGGGCCGGUGAAGCUUUCAGGAUGCGAACCAUGGAAAGGGUAGCCAAUUCGUCAGCGAGGUAAUGUACCCUGUAGUGGGUAGGCGCCGAUAACCGAGGAAGAGAACAGUCGAGCGAGCAAGCAGUUCGCCUGGUCGGACGUCAGCCAUGUCAGCAGCAGCUGCCCCACCCGCUGCCGCCUCCGCUGCCGCCUCCGCUGCCCCACCCAGCAGCCAACACGAGGACGAAGGGGAUGAACACGAAGACGCUGAUUCCAAGCAGCAGGGUGAGGCAGGCUUGACCCCUGGGACGAGACCAAGCCUGACGUUCCUGCUCGGCGUGGCUGUGGUCGUGAUCACCUUGGUCGCCGUGGUCGCCUACUACGCGAUGCAGCCAGCCUCAGAUCACGAGACGACGACCACAGCGAUGACCACAGCGAAGACCACGAGCCUGUCGGGCAACGAAACCGACACUAAUUCGACCGCUGAAGCUCUUGUCGACUACUUGUCGAAUGGCGACGUCCAGGACGAUAACAAGUGAAAAGUCAUCAUUUUGAAGAAAACAGAAAUAAAGUACUGCCAGCGCUCACCUGGCAGAGGACGG